AAUAUACACAAAUCAUAAUAAAAUAAGAAUUUUUAAUUUUAUCUUUUUGAACAUAAAUUUAAAAAAUACAUAUAUAUAUUUCAAAUGGCUUCUUUCAAAUUAACAUCAUUUGAACAUGCGGAAAGAAUUUGUCCAAAUCUGUUACAGUUAUUGAUUUAUUUACAAAUAUUUUGUCUAUGUCAAACAAUCUCCCCAAUUCAUUCUUUGAGUAUAUUAAGAAGUUAUCCAACGGUGGACGAUGUGACUAAUGCAGAAGAUCUAUGGUCAUUAAAUGAUCAUGAGAAAAAAUAUCCAAUAAAUCGAUUUGGUGAAUUCAAUCGAAAUUUGAAUAGAAUUUUACUACGUCAACAGUUUUAUCCGGAAGAAAAUCAAGAACCAUUGGAAAAUCGAAAAUUCUAUAACUAUAUUUCAUGGUCAAAUAAAAAAUCAAUAAAUUUGUGCAAAGAAAAAUUGUACUUUGAACCAUAUUAUUUACUAAUGUUGUAUAAAAUUAUUUAUCAUAACUUAACAGACAGUUUAUUGAUAAAAACGGACAGUACCAUUUGA